GGCGCUGACCAGGGCUGGGAAGUCCCAGCUGUUGGUCACUUGCUUGGGCUGCUCUAGAGGCCCCAUGGCCUGGGCCAGGCUCUGAGGACCCCACUGGGCUGCCGCUUCAGGGGGCUCCGUUCUGCCUGGGCCCAGAGGCUGACCGCUCAGCAGGGAAGAGACAUCUCAGGCCCUGUAACUAUCCCUCACUGGAGGCAGCAGGUGUGCCCGUGGCUGGGACCAGGCCCAGAGCAGGAGGUAUGGGGCUCAGCCUUCCUGGUCAGGGAAGGCUUCUUGGAGGAGGAACCACUUCCACUGAGCCUUGAAGGAGCUGGCAGCUAGAGAAGGUGGGGCUCAGGUCACCGCAGGCAGGCAGCAGCCUGUGCCAAGGUGUGGAGGAGAGGAGAAGACUUGUAGCUUGCAAGGUUUUAGAGGAGGUUUGUGUUUGGGCAAGACCCUCCUGACGGCUCCAAGGAGAUGGCAUCCAAGCAGUCUGGGAAGGAAAGCAGUUAGGAGUCUGUGAUCAGGCCAGGUGCUGAGGGGCACCGUGGCGCCAGAGGGCACUGGAGGCCGGGACAGACGGCUCCCUGCGGCUGUGGCAGGCUCCCUGAACCCUGAGACGCCAGGGGAGGAUGGACGAUGACCUGUGGCCAGGGUGGGGCUGAUAAGGCCCUCAUCAAUCACCUGGGUCCGGGCUCCCUCAGUGGGGCAUGCUUCCAGCUGCCCUGUCGCCUCUGGGAGCCUUGAGGAAGCUCUGCAGCACCCAGGGAAGGGUGUCCCCGAGGAGGGGACCCAGCAGAGAGCAGGGAGCAGCCCUCCCCUUCGAAUGGAAGUCGUCGGGCCUUUUGGGCUGGAGUAGGCCUGAGGGUUGCCUCUUCCAGGAAGCCUUCCCUGACCAAGUCCCACAGGCUGGCACGGGGUUUUGUGUCUGCUCCCUGAGACUGGGCCUCCUCCAGGCCUCCAGAGCCUCCUUCUCAGCCACAGCUCUCCCGCUGCCAAGAUGCCGUCACCGCAGACAGAGACCUUUGGGCCGGAGCCACAAAGCCCCAAGGAGCCUGUGGAGCCGCAGACACCAGCUCGGGGCUCCCGGCGGUCGAGCAGCGGGAAAGAGCCCAGUGCCCAUCAUGAGAACGCCAUGAGACCGGGCCUGGGCACCUUGAGGCGUGCCUUGUCCCGGGCAAGCCAGCGGGCCGUGACCCAGGCCACCAAGGAGGACGCGGGCCUGCUCUGGCGAAGCUCCUGCUCCCUGUUCCGGUCCUUCAGGCGUGCCCUGGAUGAGGGCCCAGCUGCUGGCCAGUCCCAGGUCGCUGCUGUGCCAGAGGUGCCCUCGAGGGUCAUGGAUGGUGGCAGCCAGCCUGUAUCCCCUGGGCUGGGGCCUAAGGAGCUGGAACCCGAGGCAGGACGCAAAUCUGUGGCGGACCUCAUUACUGAACGGCAACUGCUGGCAGCCUUCGAACAGCUUCAGCACCUAGAGACAAGGCUGGUGACUGAGAAAACCUCGCACACCUUUGAACAGGACCCUACGGCCUUUGCGCGGCGCGCCAUGGACGUGUGCCUACAUUACGACGGGCUGGCAGCCGAGAUCGGCGCCAUUGUGCGCGAGACGUUGGGAUCCGAUGGCGUGGACGCGGCCGCGCUGACCGAGGUGGCCCGGGUGGUGCGCGCCGAAGAGGAGGCCCACCCGGCGACCCCAGCCGACGGAGACUUCCUGCGCACGCCCCGCCGCUGGCGCCAGCACUGGGAGGAGGCGGUGCAGCGGAGCGCGCAGGAGCGCGUGCAGCGGGCGGGCGCGGGCGACACCUCUGGGGAAGUGGAGGGCGCGCCCGGCCUGGCUCAGCUGCUGGCCCAGCUCGGUGGCUUGGUUCGCCACGACCUGCAGAAGGUGCUGCUGGAGGUGCAGCCCGCGUACGCGGCAGCCGGCUUUCCCGCGUGGGAGACCUACCUGAGCGCCUUCCAUGGCUCGGUGGCCCAGCGACUCCAGGAGCUGGCGAACGACGCCCACGGCUGUGAGCAGCUCUACCUCCUGCUGGACUGGGCCGCCAACGUCUACGGCAGCCCCAACUUCCUGGGCACCCCAGACCUGGCGCUGCCCACGAAGCCGCUGCCCCCGCUGCUGCCCCCGGACGUGUGGGCCCGACUGGAGAGCGACUACACCAGCUUCCUGGAGACCAAGAUCGCAGGCUGCUUGGAGAGCAUCUUGCAGCUGGAGCGCAGUCGCUGGGCGGCCGCCGAGGCCCCCGACGUGCUGCAGGGCCUCUACCGCGCGCCGCUGUCCGUGGACGUCCACAUGCUGGUGGCCGAGCACGUGAAGGCGGGCGGCGCCAUCUCCGCGGAGCUGGAGGCCACCACCCUGCGGAUCUGCGCGCGGGCGCUCGGCCUCUUCGUGCCCAGGUUUGAGAAGGCUUUCCUGGAGUCGGGGGCGGCGAGCGAGCCGCACCUGGGCUCCUACAUCAACGCCUGCCAGGAGCUCAGGACCAGUCUUCUGGCCAGGUUCCCUGGAACCCUAGAGGAGUUGGAGAAACCCCUGGUGGCUACCACCUGCAGCUUCCAGAAGCACCUGCUUCAGGGCUUGCAGCGUGACAUUCAGCCGCUCUUCAGGGUCGUGUGCACCAAGGGUUGGCUGACACAGGACACACUUGGUCCCCUCAUGGACAAGGUGGUGGCCUUUGCUCACCAUCUAGAGCAUGUGGCCCAGCCAUGGGCUCAGGAGACUGUGCAGGAGGUGCACCGGUAUGUGGUCCGCGAGUACCUGGCGCAGGCGCUGAGGCCGCGGGAGCGGUUCCGGGGUGCCGAGCGGGUGAACGGCUCCCAGAAGAUGAGCCUCGAUGCCCAAGCAAUCGGGGACACCUUCCAGGGCUUGGGCUCUGAGGCCACGUGGCUGGACCGAGCCAUCCUGUGCGUGGCUGAGAUCCUAGGCGAGACUUGCAAGGACGACAUCAGGCGGCACCUGGAGACACUCAUCCAGAGCUACCCGGACAUCAGGCGGGACCACAUCCUGGCCAUCCUGGCCCUGCGCAGGCUGGGCCGCAGGCGGAACCGCAGCCUCCUGCAGCACGCCGGAGACCUGCUGAGGGCGGCAGCCAAGGCGGCGAGCUCGGGGGCCACUGGGGACCGUGUGCUCUUUGAGGAGAUCGAGGUGCCCACCUCCGUGGACGUGCUAAUCACCUGCAUCUAGCGCUCUCUGGCCCGAGAGGGGCUGUCUUCAGGUGGGGGGCUGUGGCAGCCUGGAGCUAGGGGCCCAGAGAGUCACUGUCAGCCCUGCCCCCAACUCUGAAGCCUGCAGUUGGGGAGUUUUUGUCCCCAGCCAGGAAGGCUGCUUAGCCACAAGGAACAGCAAUGACAAAGGCAUUUCAGGCAUCUGUGGGGGAGUGCUUGGGGACAGCAACAUUUCCCUUCAAUACUGCCCAACGGGGAGGGCCUCCCUGCCCGCCUAACUGCCCAGCACCACCACCCAGUCUGAAAGGGAAGAGUAUUUAUUUAAAAAUAAAUGUGAACUAGAAUGGCACCUCCUUAAGGAGGGGACAGGGCCAUGCUGGCGGGGAAUGGGAGGUCCGAGUCCCCAUACACCAAAGGGCUGGAAGGCCCUGUGGUGACUCCAUUCGGUGGAUGGCCCUUUAUACCCAUUGAACUGAUGGGAAGACUGAGGUGGGCCAGAGCUGGGAAGGCCCAUGGCUGUGGCUGCAGAGCAAAACAGGUCUUGACCACGGGUUCCUGAGUCCACUGGUCUCGUGUGCUCCCAGGCAGGCCUUGGGCCUCUGUGGGACAAGAAGAGACCAAGGCUUGUUCUGCAGCUUAGAGUAUUCGGGUUAGGUGGGAGAGGGACUUCCCGGCAGUGAAAGUUGUGCUGCAUGGAGCGUGUGUAUGCGGGCAUGAGCCUGCAGGUCUCAGCCACGGAGGCGGCUGCAAGGCUGCUCCAGUGUGCACCUGUAGCACCCGCCCCCACGGAAAGCUGGCGCUGAGAUCUGGCUGUGGCCUGUGGGCGAGGCUGCUGGGAAACCCAUUUGCAUUGGCAGCCUCAGGCUGAGAGCCCAGAUGGGAGAUUAACAGCGAGAAGCUGAGACAGGUGGCAAUAGCUGCCCUCCCCAACCCUCCUUAGCUGGCCGCCACUGUCUCUGGCCUUGGCAGAUGGGCCAGGGUUCCAAGAGCCUAAUAAAGUUGGGUCUCCCGAGGACAGGGCUAGGGUCCUGAAAGGCCGUGGUGCCAGGGAAGUGGGGGCCGUAUCUCUCCCAGCUCUCUCUGGCCCCCCUCCUGCAUGGUGGACAGCUAGGGGCAGUGCCCGGCAGGUCUGCCCCACCCCCACACCAGAGUCUGAUCUGUGGUGGGGCCUUGGGGGGAGGGGGGCUCAGUGCCCAGGAGUUAUUUGUCUCCUCUGGGAGCCAGUGCCACGGGCAGCACGCCCUGUCCCCCAUGGCGUGCCAGGGCUGGAGCCCAGGGGCAGGGGAG